AUGAUGCUAAAAAUAAUUGCAGGAAAGUUCCCAUUAUUACUCUUCUAUACUUUGAUUCCGCUAGCAAUUCAACAAGAUAUACGAUCCCUUCGUAUCUCUACCAUUCCUAAUGGUCAAUUCAGUUGUAUCAACACAACAUGUUUACCAUAUAGUACAAUCAUAGUCUCCAAAAUUCUGUAUUGUCAAACAAACUGUUUAGCAAAUAUUCAAUGCCAAGCAGCUCAUUUUCAUCGGAUAACUCACCAAUGUCAAAUGUUUUCUUAUUUCACAUGGUCCAGUGCCAGUAUGGUACCAGAUAUGAACAGUAUUACGUUGGUCGUCUCUGAUGAUACACGGGUUCCAUCAAUUUGGAUACCAAACUGGAUUUACAAUGGUGAUGGAGAGACUGGCCCAUGUGCGACAAAUUAUGACCUUGUACAUCCUACAGGUUGGAAUUAUGACGGACCAAUCACACAAGUACAAUAUGGUGUUAGCAACGCAAAUCAAAACAUGAUGACCCCAGGGCCGAGUGACCGUGGAAAAUGUCAUUUUUAUGGAUUUAAUUCAACGUCUGCGACUACAAUGUGGCAAAUAGUUGACAUGACAACGUUAAUCGAUCCAGCUCGUAUUAACAAUCAAAUCGUUCGAUUCAAUCUUUCUGCAUGGCUUGGAGGUUAUGCCAGAGACGAAGACGCUACUGGAAUAUCAUUAACAUUUUUAACUCAAGCUAACCAAACUGUAGGCAAUACUACUACUCUUGGGCCAGUUUCACCUGCAGGUCGUAACAACGUAACAUCAUUAGUCUAUCGACAAAGUAGUGGACAAGUACCUAUUGGUGCCCGUCUUUUCAAACUUUUAGUCACAGUAACUCGCGCGGCGGGCAGUACUAAUGACGGCGACGUUGAUAAUAUUGCGCUUCGGUUCUAUUGCUAA